AUGCUGGGAAGGGAUUCGCCCCCGCUGCCACCGCGACGCAGUGUUGGAUUACCUCUGCCGGGCCCAGCCACCGCGGGGCCAGCGGGUGCCGCUGCGCUGUGCCCGCGUCCGCGCAGCGCACGCUAUGUCGGGCCGCUGACUUCAGUCGGGAGAUAUUUGGAGGCUCCGCGAGGUCCGGUGCAGGGGGUCAGCGUGUUUGGCUCUGAAAACGAAUCAGCGGAGGGCGCGUCACUGCCAAAGGGACCUAUAAAUCCAUCUGCGGUGCCGAGUCGCCCUGGAAAAGCCCCCACAUCCGCGCGUCCAUCUCCGCGCUCCCCUCCGCCCGCGGCUGCGGCAUCCCCCGCGCCUCGCCCAGCCCCGCGCCCCCGCCCGCCUCUCCCCGGCGGUGCCCGGGAAACCGGUCGCGCGCAAGCCCAGACGGGGCAGCCGAAGCGGGCUCUCCCCGGCUCUGACCCGGCUUCCCGCUGCUCCCGCCACGCUCCCCUCUUGGAUCUAAGCUUUCGCCGCGACGAGACCCCCGAUCUGGAGGAGGAAGCCUCGUUGCUGCUGCUACCGGCUCUACAAAUCCCAGCGCCGGCCUCUGAUUCUCCCAGCAAGUUGUCUUUCUCAAAUUUCCAAGCAGGGUCCCAAGAGCAGCACCCAGAGCCAGCUCCUGCUGCCAAGCGGCGCUCCCCACGGCUCGGGCCGCUCCCGCUGAGCGCGUCUCCGGGGACGAAGCGAGAGAAGACCUCCGCGGCGCCGCUCCUGUCGCGGCCACAGCACCCGAGACGGCGACGGAGGCCGCCGGGUCUUGUGCUGGCGUCUCCUCUCUGCCUCCAUCAAGACUUGCGACCUUGUUCCCCCUCAUCCCCACGCCUCCUCCCCGCGCAAAGUCUCGGCGGUCGGACCUCGACCUGGCCCACAUGUAUCGUCCAUCCGGCCGCUCGGCUCCCCGGCGUUAAUAUCCAUCUCGGGUCCGACGAGACCAGCUCAGAGGCGAGGACCGCGGCGGAGUGGGAGACCCGGCAGAUCCUCGGCCCCGGAGAAGUGCGAAGGCAGCGGCCGGCGGGGAAAGUGCGCACCAGGCCGGAGGUACCGGCGGGCCCCGGGCGGCACCAGCGCCCUGAGCCCUUCCGGACCGCGUUGAAUCGGGCCGGGGGCAGCUGUCAUCCCCGGGUGGCGGCCAUCGGGGUGCGUGCCGUGGCUGACUGCAGGCGGAGCGACAGGAAAGCAAUAAAAGAGAAAAUGUGA